CGAGCCAAGUUCGAAAACAGUUUUGUUUGAAACGUCGACGCGUUGAAAUAUAACUGACAACUAAGUAAAAACGUGAAGCAAAUAACGGUCAAAGUUAUUAUAAAGAAAUACAAAACAAACUGUAUAUACCAGUUAAAUUAAAUGAAUAAAUUGAAUUAACAACGUUACGGUUAAACGAAUUUAAAAUUCAUAACAAGUGAACAAACGGUUUUGGAGCGCUUUGGGCGAGCAGUUAGUGGCUGCUUCAGCUGGGUGCUUUAAGCGUUCAAAUAACCUUUCAUAAGUGCGGCAAUUUGUUUUUGUUGUGAAAAAGUGCCAACCAAUACUAUAAACGAAUAUAAAAAAAAGCGCAAGGAAAUUUCGCAUGCUUUAAUUAGAUUGAAUUGCGAAGUUAUUCAAGCAAAAAAUCAAAAUUCCAAGCUAAAAACGCAAAAGGAAGAAGGAACCGCAAACUCGCAGAAGUGUAUCACAGAAUAAAAACAAAAAAAAAAAAACACCAAGUACAAUAAGAAAUAUUUAAAGCAAAUUACACAAAUACUUUCCUGCAAUUUGAUCUCUCUUUGAAAUACGAGCAGAGAAACAACAAAGCUAAAAAACAAAAGGAAGUCACAAGCAAAACUUUACGAAAAACACCUACGCUGAGAACAUACUGAAUGUGUGUGUGAGUGUGUCUGCGCGAGAAUUCUACGCCAACAAGGCGAAUACUUUCCCAACGCGUCAACUGCAUUGCAAAGUGACAAGUGAGACAGGUAGUCAGUCAGUUGGUUUGUUCGAGUGAUUGGAGUAACAGUGCCGCAUACAAAAUGAAGACAAAUCCAGCGUUGGAUCAUGUUUACGUCAACGAUGGUUUCAAGUGUUCUUCGAUCAGCAUAACAACGAACGGCACCGAAGCGAAUGGCAGUAGUGGUGGUUCGCAGGGAUCAAAUGAAUUUAUAUUAACCAAAGACGGCAAAAAAAUGAUACCACCUAUUAAAACAAUGGAUUGUGCCAAAGCUUGGGUGCAGGAUCGCACAAGACGCACCUUCAACCGCAAGACACUCUACAAACGUCUGCCCAUACUCAACUGGUUGCCCAAAUAUUCCAGCGAAGAUGCUGUAGGCGAUGUAGUCGCGGGCUUGACAGUAGGCUUAACGGUGAUACCGCAGGCGUUAGCGUAUGCUGGUGUAGCCGGACUUCCAGCAGCUUACGGUUUAUAUGGUUCCUUUUUGGGUUGUUUCAUUUACAUUUUCCUCGGCAGCUGCAAAGAUGUGCCUGUCGGCCCAUCGGCUAUCGUGGCGUUACUAACCUUCCAAACCGCUAAAGGUUCUUGGCAAUUGGCAGUAUUACUUACUCUGCUUUGUGGUAUUGUGGAAUUGUUUAUGGGCAUUUUUGGUUUGGGUUUCCUGUUGGAUUUCGUUUCCGGCCCAGUCUCGUCCGGUUUCACAUCAGCGGUUUCGCUUAUUAUUGUGGCAUCGCAAGUGAAAGACAUCCUGGGCAUACCAGCGCCUGGAACAACAUUUUUAGAUAUUUCAACACAUAUCUUCGAAAACAUCAAAGAGACACGUGCCACAGACACAGUGCUGGGCAUCACUUGCAUUGUAGUGCUGCUGAUGAUGAGGCUCCUUUCGUCGUUCAAGCUUGGCCCCAAGGACCCUGCACUCCGCUCGAAGGCUCAAAAUGUAUUUAACAAAUUGAUGUGGCUCAUAGGCACCUCGCGUAAUGCCAUACUCGUCAUUGUCUGCGGUUUCUUGGGCUUUAUGCUGCAUUCCCAUAACGAAAAUACGCCUUUCCGCGUUAUUGGUUACAUUCCCCCCGGCUUGCCCGCUGUACAACCACCACCAUUUCACUUAACUGCGAAUGAAACCUUAUCCGGACACGAGGAGGGUUUCAUUGACAUGGUGAAAAAUUUGGGUUCCGGUCUUAUUGUAUUGCCGCUCAUAUCAUUGAUGGAGACUAUUUCGAUUGCUAAAGCUUUUGGUAACGGUAAACCAGUAGAUGCCUCGCAAGAACUGAUCGCCAUUGGCAUUGCAAAUAUUGCCAACUCUUUUGUGCAGGGCUUCCCUGGCACGGGUGCGUUGAGUCGUGGCGCAGUCAAUAACGCCAGUGGCGUGAGAACACCACUCAGCAAUAUCUACUCUGGCAGUUUAGUAAUACUGGCGCUAAUCUUCUUCACACCUUAUUUCUACUUUAUACCCAAAUCGACUUUGGCGGCGAUUAUUAUUGCUGCCGUUAUGUUUAUGGUGGAGGUGCGCGUAAUCAAACCAAUGUGGCGUGCGAAAAAAAGUGAUCUUGUGCCUGGUCUUGGCACGUUCAUCGCCUGUCUGGUGUUACCACUGGAAAUCGGUAUACUUAUCGGUGUCGGCUUAAACGUCAUCUUUAUACUCUAUCAUGCGGCUCGUCCAAAAAUUACCACAGAAAUUCUCACCACUCACGCUGGCAAUGAAUACCUUAUGAUCACACCAGAUCGUUGCUUGAUUUUCCCCUCCGUGGAUUAUGUGCGCAAUCUGGUGACGAAGCAUUCCAUGCGCCAACAUGUGCCCGUCGUCAUCGAUGCCUCGCAUAUUUAUGGCGCUGAUUUCACUGCAGCCACCGUCAUAGAAUCGCUGUUGAGUGAUUUCGCCGCGCGUUCACAACUCUUAUUCUUCUACAAUCUUAAACCCAGUAUUUGUGCGUUAUUCGAGACGCUCUCACCAGCGGAAUUCGUUGUCUACUAUCAGGAGGAGCAGCUCGAUCAGUUGCUAAAGGAUCGCAAUUAUGAACAAAAGAAAACAAUAACGGUGUAGAUAAGAUUUAUAAAGUAAUGGUAGAUGCCAUUACGUGAUUGUUGGCAAAAAUGUGAUUGCGUUGGGCCUUGGUGACCUGCGCUACUAAAUGGUUGGUUAACUAUUAACUAUUCUUGCUUGCUUUAAUUCUUAUUGAUACGAUUUGUUUAUUAUUAGUGAAGCUUGUAGGUUUGUCUUUUUCCAAAUACGUCCUUAGUUUUAGUUACCUAUACUCGUAUGUAUGCGCAUACAUAUAAAGUAUUAUCUUGGUAUUGAGAGCCAAAAAAAGGAAGAAAAUCUUUUUACACUUUUACAGAAUUACAAUUUAUGUAAUUUAAAUAUGUAUUAAUUUAAGGCAGACGAAAGUGAGAUCGAUUUAUGUUUAUACAAAAUAUUUAAAAAAAAUCCUAUUUAUUAUACAAAUCAGAGGCAAAACAUAAACGAAACGAGGAAUUGUUAAGCAUUGAGAUGCAGAUUUUAUCUAAAUGAAAUAUAAAGUACAAUGAACUAGAAACUCUAA